GCAGCCCGGCAGUGUGGCGAGGCGGGCGGGCAGGCAGCACCGCUCCGCUCCCGGCGCCGCCGCCAUGCCGCCCCGCCGCCCCGCCGCCCUCCUCCUCCUCCUCCUCCUCCUGCUGCUGCUCCGCCGGGCGCUGGCCGCCGCAGGGCUGGAGUACAGCGACGUGCUGCCUGACUCCUUCCCUUCGGCCCCGGCAGAGACCCUCCCUCACUUUCUGCUGGAGCCGCAGGACGCCUACAUCGUGAAGAACAAGCCGGUGGAGCUCGUCUGCCGCGCCAACCCCGCCACCCAGAUCUACUUCAAGUGCAACGGCGAGUGGGUCAACCAGAACGACCAUGUCACCAAGGAGAGCCUGGAUGAGGUCACUGGGAUGCUGGUGCGGGAGGUGCAGAUCGAGGUCUCCCGGCAGCAGGUGGAGGAGCUCUUCGGCUUAGAAGAUUACUGGUGCCAGUGCGUGGCCUGGAGCUCCGCGGGCACCACGAAGAGCCGCAGGGCGUACGUCCGCAUAGCGUACCUGCGGAAGAACUUUGACCAGGAGCCACUGGGCAAGGAGGUCCCGCUGGAGCACGAGGUCCUGCUGCAGUGCCGCCCACCCGAGGGGGUGCCGCAGGCGGAGGUGGAGUGGCUGAGGAACGAGGAUGUCAUCGAUCCCACCCAGGACACCAACUUCCUGAUCACCAUUGAUCACAACCUCAUCAUCAAGCAGGCCCGGCUCUUGGACACUGCUAAUUACACCUGCAUGGCCAAGAACAUCGUGGCCAAGCGCCGGAGCACCACGGCUGCCGUCAUCGUCUACGUGAAUGGUGGCUGGUCCACCUGGUCCGAGUGGUCUCCUUGCAACAACCGCUGUGGCCGGGGCUGGCAGAAGCGCACCCGGACAUGCACCAACCCCGCGCCGCUGAAUGGUGGCUCCUUCUGCGAUGGGCAGCCUUUCCAGAAAAUCACCUGCACCACCCUCUGCCCAGUGGAUGGCGCGUGGACGGAGUGGAGCAAGUGGUCAGCGUGCAGCACCGAAUGCACCCACUGGCGCAGCCGCGAGUGCGCCGCCCCGGCCCCCCGCAACGGCGGCAAGGACUGCAGCGGCGUGCUGCUUGACUCCAAAAACUGCACCGACGGGCUCUGCCUCCAGAAUAAAAGAGUUCUAAGCGAACCCAAAAGCCACCUGCUGGAGGCCACAGGUGACGUGGCCCUGUACGCUGGGCUGGUGGUGGCCAUUUUCGUCUUCAUCGUGAUCCUCAUGGCUGUGGGGGUGGUGGUGUACCGGAGGAGAUGCCGGGAUUUUGACACGGACAUAACAGACUCAUCUGCCGCUCUCACCGGAGGCUUCCACCCAGUCAACUUCAAGACCUCCCGGCAUGACAACCCUCAGCUGCUGCACCCCUCGAUGCAGCCGGACUUGACAGCCAGCGCGGGGGUGUACCGUGGCCCCAUGUACACCCUCCAGGACUCCUCCGACAAGAUCCCCAUGACCAACUCCCCCCUGCUCGACCCCCUCCCCAACCUCAAGAUCAAGGUAUACAACUCCUCCACCGCCUCCUCCUCGCCGGGGCUUCACGACGGGACGGACCUGCUUGGGGGAGUCCCUGCCACCAGCACCUACCCAGGGGACAACACCAGGGACGGCCACUUUGCGAACGUGCGGAGUAAAGCCCUGGGCUCCCAGCAUCUCCUCAGCUUGUCCCGGGAGCACGGCAACAGCGCCAGCGGCACGUUUGGCUACCUGGGGGGAAGGCUCACCAUCCCGGGCACCGGGGUGAGCCUGCUGGUGCCCCACGGGGCCAUCCCCCAAGGGAAGUUCUACGAGAUGUACCUGGUCCUCAACAAGGCGGAGAGCUCCCUCCUGCCCUCCGAAGGCACGCAGACAGUGCUGAGCCCGGCGGUGACCUGCGGACCCACCGGCUUGCUCCUCUGCCGCCCCGUCGUCCUGACCAUUCCCCACUGUGCCGAUGUCGGCUCCUCGGAUUGGAUUUACCGGCUGAAAACACAGUCCCACCAGGGAAACUGGGAGGAAGUUGUGACCCUGGAUGAGGAGACCCUCAACACUCCCUGCUACUGCCAGCUGCAAGCCAAGUCCUGCCACAUUUUGCUAGACCAGCUUGGCACCUACGUCUUCGUGGGAGAGUCCUACUCCAGGUCAGCCAUCAAGAGGCUCCAGCUGGCGAUCUUUGCCCCCACUGUUUGCACCUCCCUGGAGUACAACCUUAAGGUCUACUGCUUGGAGGACACGCCAGAUGCUCUGAAGGAGGUGCUGGAGCUGGAGCGGACGCUGGGCGGGUACCUGCUGGAGGAGCCCAAGCCCCUGCCCUUCAAGGACAGCUACCACAACCUGCGUCUCUCUAUCCACGACAUCCCCCAUGCGUUGUGGAGAAGCAAGCUGCUGGCCAAAUACCAGGAAAUCCCCUUCUAUCAUAUCUGGAGCGGCAGCCAGCGAGCCCUACACUGCACCUUUACGCUGGAGAGGUACAGCCAGGCCUCCACCGAGCUCACCUGCAAGAUCUGUGUCCGGCAGGUGGAAGGGGAAGGACAGAUCUUCCAGCUCCAUGUCACACUGGGAGAGCAUGCCAGCUCCUUCGACACCCUCCGUUCCCACCACAGCGGUGCCAGCACCACCACCACCCAGCUGGGACCCUACGCCUUCAAAAUCCCCCUCUCCAUCCGGCAGAAGAUCUGUAACAGCCUGGAUGCCCCCAAUUCCAGGGGAAAUGACUGGAGACUUCUCGCCCAGAAGCUUUCCAUGGACCGGUAUCUGAACUACUUCGCCACCAAAGCCAGCCCCACGGGGGUGCUCCUGGACUUAUGGGAAGCCGAGCACCAAGACGACGGCGAUCUCAACACCCUGGCCAGUGCCUUAGAAGAGAUGGGCAAGAGUGAGAUGCUGGUGGUCAUGGCCACAGAGGGGGAUUGCUGAUGAUGCUCCUGGCAGCUGGCAGGCCGGGAGGACAAAACGGGGGGUUUUGUCCGACGGCGGGAGGAGGCACAUCCAUCCCCAGGCAGCGGCUGAGCGAGGAAGGGCCAAGGCCGCCGCUUCUCCCUCCCUCCUGCAUCACGGUCAGCCUUAGAGACCCGUCCUCAGCGUUUACAAGCAAUUCAAGUGUUACGCAGCAUUCCUCUUCCUCCUCCUCCUCCUCCUCCUGGCCGUCCCCAGGGCGGCAGCUGGCGGCACUCACGGCGUGGGGGAGGAAUUAGGGCUUCUCGAGUUGGGAUGGGGGCUUUCCUUCUCCUUCUUUGUUUGGGUUCCCCUCUGGUUCUCCUCCUCCUUUAAUAGCAUUUCUGCAUUGAAGAGAUGAGUACAAUCUAGGUGAACGGCUUACUUCUGUCAAAAGCUUCAGACAGCUUAACGAGGCAAAUAGGAAAGAAAAAAAGGAAAAAAAAAAAGUUUCCUAGGAAACGCAAAUAAUUUAUUAUCCAGAUCUUUGGAUGAGUCCUUUUUAAAAAAAAAAAAAAGAUUAAAAAAAGACAGAUUUAUAAAUCUUUUUUUUUUUGUGCGUGAGAGCAAGAGCGUUGCUGUGGUCGGGGUGACAGAGCGAGAGAUUUAAAUGAACACACUUUUGUAGGGAAAAGCAUGCGAUCCAAGUGAGGCAAAAUGUGUUUACAUGUCCUGGGACCCCCAGGGAGUCCGUAGGAUGAAGUGCCUCUGCGCCCCUCUGGGUCAGGGCCAGCUGAGACCCUCCCCAAGCUUUUUUUCCUUGCAAACUCCCCUUUCCCCAGCAGCAGCGCCCGGUGGAACAAGGGGUUCCCCUUGGCCUGCAGGGCUGGGGGUGCUGCCCCGCACUUAGGGUUCAGGGGAGGGGAGUAUGUGCAGAUAUGGGUGUUUUUAAUUAAUUCUUCCCUGGCAUCAUUUUGGGGAGCUUUUUAGGAUGGCUACGCCUUCAUUUACAUAACUUCCGUACAAACCAAAGAAUUCAGUCCUGGGGUCGGCGGGAGGUGAUGCGCAGCUUGGGUUGUGGGGAGAGCAGAGGGCUGGCGGGGCAGGGUGCGGCCGCUUGCAGGCCACGUCGGUCUCGGGUCCGUGUGCUCCUGCCCAGUUUUUGAUGCAGUAUUUCAGCAGGGAUCUGGGGAGGGAGGCCUUGGUAUCUCCACAUUGCAAGCCAGGCUGAGUGUUUUCACACGAGGGGUGGCAUCGUAAGCGGUGAUCAGGUUUCCAUCCGCUCGUUUGCAGCUCCUUUUUUUUCCCCUUUGCUAGAAUUUUUAUAAUGAUGGAGACACUGUGGGAUGAAUAGAAGGUAAUCAAGGGGUAGGCGGGAAUGAGGUUCCUCACAAAGAUACGGUGUCUCAAUGGAGGUGAAAAUUUAGAUGGCCUACGGAUAGAAAUAGUUACUCAGAGAGUGCUAUAUCUUAGAAUUUUGUCUGUUUUUAAAAGAAAAUAGGAAGGGGAUGGUAAGCUCAGGAUUAGACUAGAUCACGUGGCAAGGCUGUGGAUUCUCCAUCGGUGGAAGUAUUAGGAGCAGGUCCUGCUUCGGUCUGCGAUGUGCGGGGUCCUGGCUGUGAAGCCCUGGCCUGGUGUCGCAGGGUGCCUGCAGCACCCUGCAGCUUGCUGGGGACCAAAGCAAACUCAGGGAGCCCUGCCGCGAGCGAGAGCGUCGCCUCUGCAGGGCGGCUCGGGGGGAGGUUUCAGUAUUGCUUGGACUUGGGUUUGAUUCCUCUCAACAGCUCUUGAAGCAGCGAUUGAACACAUAGAGCUGCUCCCUGUGGUGUUUCGGGGUUUCCAGGGUUCGUUUCUUGCUGGGUUUUCAAGGCUGUGGGAGAAAGGGAACGUUUUUCAUUUGUGUUGGGUGGGAAGACUUCCGCUGGUUGAACUCUUGUGUCGUGUAGGAAGGGUUUUAGUCUAUCCUUUAGGUUGCAUUUGAGCAUCUGAUUUCUGAGACCCCGUCUCUGAGCUGAGGGGGAAUAAGUAAAUAUGGGAAGAAAUGAAGAAUUGAUGGAUCAAACUGGCUGCUGGCAUUUCAUAGGGCUCCUUUCUCAGCACCGCGGUGCUCUCCACGAGACGAGAUGCUCUCCUUUCGGGUCGCGCAUCUGAAUCUCUCUCGCUGUCAUUCUCGCUGUGUCUGGUUCAUGGAUCACUCUGCGCCAGCAUAUGUGCUUGUCCGUCCGUCCGUCCUGCCCACGGGCACCUCUGCCUCCAUCCCCAUCCGUCCGCAUUUGUCUUCCCCUUCCUUUCAGCCGGCAGCAGCCGCCUGGAUCCGCCGAGGUGCAUGGCUGGGGGGGGCUCUCCCUAUUUUUCAGACCAGGGAACCUGCAUCGGGAGCGGGGAGGGGGAGGCAGGGUUUGCCCCCCACCCUGGUUCUCUGGGCGCCUGCACCCGUCUCCCACAGGUGCCAGCUCCUGGGAGCCCAGCGUGCCUCCCUCCGCGACCAGGGUUUUGUCUGGCCCGGCAUUUUGGCGAAGGCAAACCUGUGGUCUGUGUCAUGCUGGCAGUGUCCGUCUCUUGCUCCGCAAUCUGUUUCCAUAUUUAUAUGUCCAGGGGAUGGGCCUGGUGGCAUCCUCUAAAAUGGCAUCUGUUUAUUCUGUAAACUAAAGAACUGUAAAUAAAGUUUAGCAUUCCUAUUGUAACAAAUUAAUUUUUAUGCAAUAAAUUAUAUUUCCUAGUCUAAUAAAAAAAAAAAGAAA